UCCAUCAAAAAAUAUAUUUUAUUUUCUUAUGGACGAAACUGAAAGAUGUUUGUCUUAGCUAUAUCUUCUUCUCCUUCAACCACUCUCAUCAGACUAUCAAAGCCAAAUGGGCCAAACCAGUCACCUGUAAGAAAAAUCCUCUGCCUGAAUCAGCAGAGGCAGAGCAAAAUUGGUACCGGAAAAUCAUGGAUCCUCCCAACAAGUCUCUCGCUCUUUGGUUCAGGCUUCGUCUUGGGUCCUCUUCUCGAUGGUCUCCACUCACGUGUCGAUCUCGUGGUUUACAAAAACGGAGCUCUUCAAAUCGGUCCACUCCACACUAACAUCUGGGUACCGUUCUUGCUUGGCUUAUUUUACUGCACAGUAGGUUUACUGCAACUUCUACUGGAUGAUAAAACCUCUACAAAGCCUCCACGUGGCAACCUGGACAAAACCGUAAUUUCACUUUUAGCACUGGUGUUGUUCUUGGAGCUAAGUGCUGAAAUGUACAAAGCUGGAGUUUCAGACAACAUAGAAGCUUACAUUCUAUUUGCCUUAGCAGAGUUUCUAUGGUUCACUCUAGAUAGAACCUGGCUUGGCUUCACCAUCGCCUCUCUCCUCGGUAUCGCCUGUCCCUUAGCUGAAAUCCCCAUUAUGCAAUUCUUUCAUCUGUGGUACUAUCCAGAAGCAAACGUAGAGAUCUUUGGCCAGGGAUUGAUCACUUGGACAACAACUUGCUAUUUUGUCUACACACCGUUCUUGAUCAAUCUUGCAAGAUGGCUCAAGACAGUUGCGGAGACUAAUAGUGACGUGGAGGACAAUACAAAAUGAAAUUUAGCUCAAGCGAAGAGCAGUUGUUAUCUCAGCUUGAAUUUGUAAUUUUGGUAUGUAAGUAAACAUUGUUCAAUUUAAAUCCUAUAUUUCACUUAA